AUGUCCUCCACCAACAAACCAGAGAUUCUCCUUCUCUCCCUUUCAUACAUUGACUUCUUCGAUGAGACUUACGCAUCGCUCCUCAACCGCCUUCUCGAGGUAUUCCACGUGAAGCGUGUAAAAAACGCCACUGCCGCUCUCCGUGAGCUUUCCAACAGCACCUUUAAAGUCAUAAUCAUCACAGACGAGGGCCUUACUGAGCCUGCAAACCGAGAAGUCCUGGCGAAGGUCAAAACCUACAUCGAAGGCGGUGGUCUUGCUAUUGUUGGCCUGCACUUCCCCAACUUUAUUACCUUGGAUCGGAUGGACGGAUUCUUCAAGGAAUUUGAUCUCCCUUGGAAGAGAGGUGACUAUCGCCGCACGAUCUUUCAGUUUGUGCCAUCUAGCAUCUUUCCAACGAGUCUCAACCUUGCCUCAGUGCCCGAGCCAUACAGCAUGAAGGUUGUCCAUAUUGCGAAUGCUAGAACCCAGGAGAAAAUCUUUGUUCCUACUCCUGGUGCUUUGACACAGAUUCGUGUUUUUCCCACCGGGCCAUGUAGAUGA